UGCGCCCGAUGGAGAAUGAGGUCCGCACCGGUUGGAAACAUUUCUGAUGAUUUCGUAGGGAGCGAGGUGUCCCAGGAGAGCUUGCUACUGCACGGCCCCUUCGCCAGGAAGCCCAAGCGGAUCCGGACGGCCUUCUCCCCGUCGCAGCUGCUGCGGCUAGAGCGAGCCUUCGAGAAGAACCACUACGUGGUGGGAGCCGAGCGCAAGCAGCUGGCCAGCAGCCUUAGCCUCUCCGAGACCCAGGUGAAAGUGUGGUUCCAAAACAGAAGGACGAAAUACAAGCGGCAGAAGCUGGAAGAGGAAGGCCCCGAGUCAGACCAGAAGAAGAAAGGUUCCCAUCACAUCAAUAGAUGGCGGAUCGCCACCAAGCAGUCCAGUGGGGAAGACAUUGAUGUCACUUCCAAUGACUAGCCAGGGGACAGGCUGCCGGCGACUAAACCAAUGAGAGGAACCAGGGGGAGGAAGGGGAAAUACGGGACGGGAACAAAACCAGACUCUCGAGACUUCACACAGACAAAAGCAAGCGACCACCGCUGACUUUCCUCCGCGGUGCCCAGGCCCAAAGGAGAGGCUGACAGCCCAGUUCCUCCCUCAUCACACGGUUCAGCUCUUCAGCGCACCGGGCGGCCUUUGGAAAUGAGAGCUCCCACACAACGGAGGAGGAGGAGGAAGAGGAGGACGAGGGAACGCCAACCCAGAGACUGCGCGCUCCGAGGCAACGAGCCGAGCCGCCCUUCCCUGCCUCUGGAAGCCGUCCGUCAACCAUAAGAUCCAAUAAAAAUGUCCACCAAGAAGCUCCAUGUACACAACCCUUUUCUGUUUCUUCCUUUUUGCCUUUUUUCUGUUUUUUUUUUUUCCUUCCCCUCCUUUUUUUUUUUUUUUUUUUUUACACAUUUUUAUUUUAACUUAUUAUUUUUGUUUUGUGCGUGUGUGCGUGUGCGGUCCCUGUCGUAGGUCGUCAACAGCUGUAGCGUGCGUUACUGCGUGGUAAUAAAAGCAAAAUGGGCUCAAAGGAGAGUGGGUGUCCGUGGGCAUGCGUCACGCUUCCCAGACCCUUUCCCAGCGCAGUUUAAGGGGAGAGAGAGACUUUGGAGGUGGAGUGGAGCAAUCUGCGGAGAAGCCUGAUCCAUAGCGGGGUUUGUGGCCGAGUACUGGGAUCUGGGGCUCUGUACAGCUCUUACCUGGGGCAUCUGUUGAGUCCGAGGACCUGAGGAUCAGCUCUGUGGGCCCUGACCGUAGCUGGACCCAUCUUUCAGAGAAAGGGGCAAGAAACCCACAGCUGUGGGGAUGGUCUAGCAGCACGGCCGGGGUCGGGAGGGGAGGGUGGUAUUUCUAAGCAGUCAGCCCGGGGUUCAGUCACGCCCUGACGCUCGGGGCUUUACGUGGUUAUUUUUAAAUCAUCCUUAGCAUCAGUCUAAUCCUGGAGCUCCUGAUAACCAAAUGAAUCAGCGGUGGUGGGAAAAGCUGAUUUGUUUCCCCUUGAAAAAUAAAUCCACAAAAUUA